ACAACCAAAACGUGCUCUCCAAUUUAACCGAUUACGUUUUUUUUUUCUUUUACGGCUGUUUUUUUUUUCACUCUCGGCUAAAUCGUGAAUCAAUGUCUGGACUUCCGAGUCGAGCUUGACCUUCAACUCUGGAUUACAUCGUGGGUGUAAACCUCAUUACUCGUAAAAAAGAGCAUUGAAAAAAAAAAUUGAGGAGAAAAAAGUUUUAAACGUGAAAUAAAUAAGAACAGAGCAAAAUUGAAGAAAAGUGUGAAGUGAUGGCACAAGUGAUGCAGUAUCAGCAGAUGGGAAUGCCGACGAUGAUGUCACCGAUGCCGGGAAUGACGCCGAUGUCAUCCCUCGGUAUGCCUGGAUCGUCGUACUCGAUGGAUUACAGUUCGUCUCCGAUGCAUUAUCACUCCUACAACCCCCAGAUUCCGAGUCAUCAUCUCCAGAGCAGUCAACCCUCUUACUGGUUCUCAAAUUCGACUCACAGUCAAAUUGCUGAGCCCCUCACACCGCCAUCGUACUCGAUGCCACCGAUGCCACCAACUACCACCUCCUGGACAACCCCAACUCAUCUACCCCAGCCUCAACUCACAUCAGUUCCGACAAUUCAGCAUUACAAUCUACCCCCGAGUCCUCCAGAGCUUCCACCGAGUCCACAGGGUCACACGAGCCCAUACCAAUGGCCCUUGACACCGCCUGCUGAGCACAUGCUCCCCGAGGAGACAAAACCCGGAAAGAAGUGCACGAGAUGCCGCUGUCCAAACUGUCAAGUCGAGGGGGGUAAUCAGGUCGGUGCUGAUGGCAAACGUCAGCACAUUUGUCAUGUUCCAGGAUGCGGCAAAGUUUAUGGCAAGACAUCGCAUCUGAAGGCCCAUCUGCGGUGGCACACGGGGGAGAGGCCCUUCGUUUGCAAUUGGAUAUUUUGUGGAAAACGCUUCACCAGGAGCGAUGAACUCCAGAGACAUCUCAGAACACACACUGGGGAGAAACGAUUUGCCUGUCCAACGUGCGGAAAACGAUUCAUGAGGAGCGAUCAUUUGACCAAACAUGUCAAGACUCAUGAGAACCAGAAGAGGAAGACCAAGAAAGAUAAGGAAAAUCAACCGGUCAAAUCGGAGGUACCCAUUAUGACACAGCAAUAUAUGCCAAUGGUACCGUACCCAAUGGUUUAAAAUUUUCUUGUUUAUGGCGAUUAGCUCCGAUUAGGAUGAAUUAUUUGGGAAAAUUGUAAAUACUACUGCUCUUUUCAAGUUGCUGGAGUUUAUCGUUGACUGAUUCAGGUGCUGUGACAAUGUGCCUAGUUUAUUUUCUAAACAGAAUGUAAAUAUUGAGAUGGAGAGAAGCCUCUAUUUGUGAUUUUGUAAUUAUUGUACAUAAGAUGAUGUUUUUAUUUUAACGGUAAAAGUCAAUUUACUGUUCACUGUAAAUUAU